CUUCAGUAUAAGUCCGUAUCCAUUUUCGCUCAAAGAUUCAUCAUGCAGUGGCCAAAGCAACAGCAAGUACCUGGCGUGAUUAGCAACAUGAUCAUGAUAGUACUUCACGCAAUUUAAAGUCAACAAAUGCGAUGCCGUUUCUUUGUGUGCGCGGAAUCUUCUGCAUGCGACUCAUGCGAAGUCGGUGUUGAACUUGAAGAAGACCAGACGAGCGCCGACGUUCCCGCAGUGGACGAGUACCAUCGCACGAGCAACAGUGUUCAAAGCGAAAUCGAAACCGUCCCGAAGAUGAAACUACGAACGCGGCCGGUACUAGAUCAGGACGUGUAUCUGUAUAGCCCCAACGUGGCCUACGAUAUCAUCCCAGACGGGCCUCCGGACGACGUCGGAGAUCAUAUAUAUCUGUAUAGCCCUAACGGAGCAGGCGGAGGCGCCCUAAAGAGCGCUUGCACAGGAACAAGUGAAGCUGGACUUCUGAUGUCGCCGCUAGAUGCACGCGCACGAAACGGAGGCGGCGCGGCUGAAGCAUCAAGUGAUAAAUAUCCUGCUCUACACGCAGAUAAAAUACUCGUGCAACAGGAACAAGUGGCGAACUUUCAGCCACGAUCUUCAGGUCCUCCGGAAGUUGUAGAUUCAAAGGGUCCACUGUCCUUCAUGCCGAGGAUCGACGACUCUUCAUCCAUUUUAACCCGUAUGUUGCCUUCACCUGCUGACUCUGUCGCCGUAGUACUAGACGAGGCGGACACGAGUACAGUAACCACAACUGCUUCGCCAGGAUCGCUACGCCUUGAUGACGGGAUGUCUGAAGAAUCCCCGAGUCUAGCUUUUCCGGAACACGAAAAGAGAACAAAGACUUUGGAAGAGCAGUACAUCGACGCGUAUAGGGAGCUCUUUGGAGACACAGAUUUGUGGCAAGAGUGGAACAAGCCAGCGGAAACACAAAACGACACUCAACGCGAACCCGGAACACCACGCGGCGACGCAACUAAAAAUACCCCGCGCUACUCUUAUACACCGCGCUACGGUUAUACACCGCGCUAUAAUUCUACAACUACUACUUUUGGAGGAAUUUCAAGUACCAGGGCCACCUCCAAUGACAGCAGCAGCGAUAAAACUGACCAGGCCCAAGAUCGUCACGACUGGAAUAAAAGAAGCCGGAGUCAAGGUAGGUCCCGAUCUCGAUCCCGGCCAUCAACGUGUGCCGAGCCUCAUCAUGGCAACUAUUCUCUUCGAAGCAUGUACCGGUCUCAAUCCAGCAGGCGGUCACCGCAAAGGAGCCGUGGAGGUACAGCCUCCCCCUCUGAAAUUGAGCAAAGAUCGCGAUACUCUUGUCGUUCUCAGAAACAAAGACCACGCACAAACUUCCGAUCGCGGUCAAGGAGCCGCUCCCUAUCCCGCUCGCGUUCGAGGGGAAGAAAUUGCUGCUGCGAAGACCACUUUCACCCGGGGCGAGCGAGUGAGACGAGCUUCUCCGCCAAUGGUGGCGGGAGGGCGCCAGCGACUUCGUGGCACAAAAGCAACCAGUCCGACGAAAGAUCUCGUGGCAGUCAGUAUGACAACCACUGGCGCGGGGGCCCUCUGCAAGAACAGUCGUGCUGGAGCUGGCGCGGCCAAAAACACAACUCUCACGGGUGGAGCUCUGAGAAUCACUGGCGCGGCCAAAAGUACGGACAGAAUCACAACCACUGGCGCGGCCAAAAGUACAAUUUUCGUGGGUGGAACUCUGAGAACCACUGGCGUGGCCAAAAGUACAAUUUUCGUGGGUGGAACUCUCAGAACCACUGGCACGGCCAAAAGUGCAAUUUUCGUGGGUGGAACUCUGAGAACCAGUGGCGCGGCCAAAAAUACAAUUUUCACGGGUGGAACUCUGAGAACCACUGGCGUGGCCGAAAGUACAAUUUUCGUGGGUGGAACUCUGAGCACCACUGGCGUGGCCAAAAGUGCGACCAGUAUGACGACCACUACACCCAGUAUGACGAGUGGAACUCUGAGAACCACUACAACCAGUAUGACAAACACUGGCGCGGCCAAAGGUACAAUUUUCACGAGUGGAAUCACCUCAGCGGGGAGACGAGCAGCGGCUUCUUCGUGGAGAAUUCUGAACGGCCCUCAGCUCAAGAGAUGAACACGCAGACGGGUUGCAUGAGCCAAGCGUCCACUGCAAGUGGCAAGACCUUUACGACCGAGACCAAUGCCUUUGCGUGUUCUCUUUCUGCAGGCUUCGGUGAAAGAACUGGACUUCAGACGAACAACAGGCGAAUGUCAUCUGUCGUGACAUCUGCUUCUACCGAUGAACAACCUGCAGGAAAUGUACUCAAUCGCAGGCUGAGUGGUGCGACGGCAGCAGUGCUCGAGCGGCCAGAAAGUAACGGACCACGAUUGAUCACGCCGCUGCGGGGUAUCGCUUCCGGUCUGGGCCUGUACAAGAUCAACGCGUGGAAACCCGAGGGAAUCACCGCGCACGAGCUUGCCGAGCUGGAGCGCAUGACGAGGGAGAAGAUGAGCAGUCUGAAGCACGACUUCGCUGUGCCUCCGGGGGGGCUCCGGUGGUGGGAAACCUUCGACGAGGGUGCGCCGCGGGCGGCGGCGCAGCUCGAGGCGAAGUUACUCGAGGCCAAUGCGACGCGGGACACGGUGCGCGACACCGGAACUACCAAGGGCACCUACUCCAGGAUGGGCAUGAAGCAGUAUAAGACAGCCGCCGCUGCGAUUUUGCAAGACGACGCGCCGCCUUGGGGCUACGCAAAGCACGCGACUCUCGUGCUCGCUGCUCUGCGUUUCCAAACGCCUGCGCUGCGGAAGCUGUGGAGCGCUAGCAGCGAAGUAGUCCGAAACGCAGGGGCCGCGGCCCACCGGAUAAAGGCCGCAGUCGUGCCGGAUUUCCUGCCCCGAUAUGCGGACGACCUGAAUGCCGCCCACCUGAACAUAAAAACUCUGGUCACCAUCUUCGUGCGUUGGGAAGUGGUGUCAGCGAUGGCUUGCCUGCUGGAAGUGGCAGAGCCGGACCAGCAAGCGGCCGCGCAGCAGCAAAGACGCCAGGAGCAGCAGCGCGCGCGAGAUCAAAAAGCCGCAGAGAAGGAGGCGGCGCGAGCAAGCUUGAAGGCCCGGAGGGAAGCGGAAAAGCAGGCAAGGCUAGACGAGAAGAAGCGGAAGGAAGACGAAAAGGAGGCCAAGCGACUCCAGGAGAUCUUCAGUGGGCGAGCCGAACCGAAGACCAUUUUGGACAUCAUCAAGCGGGAUGAGUGGCGCCGUCAAGCGGCGUUGGGGCGCAAGGGAAAACGCAGGUCCAAGUGCAAUCCUUGAUCGUCGAAAGUGCUUCCUCCCUGGGAGCGGGUGUCCACCACACGAUGAUGUAUGAUGAAGACGAAUAAUUUUUCACAGAUCACCAACAAAGUCUAACACUUUUCUCUACUUUCCGCUCAUCUGGGACAGAAGAAGCUGCGCAGUCGUGUUGUUAAAUCGAAAAUGAAGCAGAAGAUCGCGCGAGACCACGUUCAAGCCUAGGAGAUCCCGUAAUGUGUUUCGUGCCGCACAAGGUUGAUCACGGCGCAGCGGAGAUGAUACUCAACUCUGAAUCAACGUCGUUGCAAGCACCGCGGCAAUGACAAUAUUUCUACACCUUAGCUUUGCCUCCUGCUGGAACGAAGACCACCCCUGCAUGAUCGAUCAUCGUACUUAUUUGCUUGUAUUUUCUGUCAGUCAAGGAUAGUCGUGCCUCGUCCUCAAUGAUGUCCAGGAGUAUACAACUUAUCUCUUUGCCCCAGCAACGU